AGGAAGAAGGGGCUUAGCCUGAGGGUGAUUAGAGCACUCGACAGACACAGGUGGUGCUCGGUGCUAGUCUCUGAGCGAAGAACCGCAGACAGAACAAGCCAUGAAGAACGAAGGUAUAGAGGGGACGGAGAGGUUUGAGAGCCCGGACAAAGGCAGAGGCCUGCGGGCAGUGAGGCACUUCGCGGUGGGGGAGCUGGUGUUCGCCUGCCCUGCUUACUCCUUCGUGUUGACAGUGAAUGAGAGGGGAGCGCACUGUGAGCACUGCUUCACCAGGAGAGAAGACCUUUUCAAGUGUGGCAAAUGUAAGCAGGCCUACUACUGCAAUGUGGACUGUCAGAGAGGUGAUUGGCCCAUGCAUAAGCUGGAGUGUGUAGCCAUGUGUGCCUAUGGGGAGAACUGGUGUCCAUCAGAGACUGUCAGACUGGUGGCCAGAAUUAUCAUGAAACAGAGAGUCACAACAGAGCGCACCCCUUCAGAAAGGCUGCUACUGCUCAAAGAGUUUGAAGCCCAUUUAGAUAAGAUGGACAGUGAAAAAGAGGAGAUGAACCAGGCAGAUUUAGCAGCGCUGCAUCAUUUCUACUCCAGACACAUCAGUGACCUCCCCAAUGAACAGGCUCUCACAGAGCUCUUUGCGCAGGUAAACUGUAAUGGCUUUACCAUAGAGGAUGAGGAACUCUCCCAUCUGGGAUCAGCUGUUUUUCCUGAUGUAGCACUGAUGAAUCACAGCUGUAGUCCUAAUGUCAUAGUGACCUAUAAAGGCACAAUGGCUGAGGUCAGAGCUGUUAAAGAGAUAAACCCCGGAGACGAGAUCUUUAACAGUUACAUAGACCUGCUCUAUCCAACAGAGGACAGGAAAGAGAGGUUGUUAGAUUCCUACUUCUUCACAUGCCAAUGCACUGAGUGCACCACCAAGUCUAAGGACAAAGCAAAAAUGGAGAUCAGGAAGCUGAGUUCUCCACCAAAGCAGGAGGAAAUACAAUCCAUGGUCCAUUACGCUAAGAAUGUCAUCGAGGAGUUUAGGAGAGCCAAACACUACAAGACCCCCAGUGAGCUGCUGGAGAUGUGUGAGCUCAGCCAGGAGAAAAUGGGGGCUAUAUUUGCAGACACCAACGUCUACAUGCUGCAUAUGAUGUAUCAGGCCAUGGGCGUCUGUCUCUACAUGCAGGACUGGGACGGUGCUAUGAGCUAUGGAGAGAAGAUCGUUCAGCCAUAUAGUGUGCACUAUCCAGCCUACUCUCUGAACGUGGCGUCUAUGUAUCUGAAACUGGGACGUUUGUAUUUGGGGCUGGAGAAGAAGACACAAGGAGUGAAAGCUCUGAAGAAGGCAUUGGCCAUCAUGGAGGUAGCUCAUGGGAAAGAUCACCAUUAUGUAGCAGAAGUCAAACGAGAAAUCGAGGAGCAGAAGUAAGGAAGGUGCAGCCGAAGGAGCAGAAAGAUUAAAGGGAGGCACUGGAGUGAGGAACCUCUCUCUAAAAGCAACAACAAAAAUACACAUCACAACUGCAUGGCAUGCAUCUUAUACCUCCCUGUUUUUAAAACCUUUCCAUUGCCCACCCAAUUGUUUUCCUGCCUCUCUUUAGGCAGAGUUUUUUGUUUUUCAUGUCUACCAUGAACAUAUUGUGGCAGAGGAUGACCACAUUUUCUAUCUGCAGCAGCAGCCUACGUCCUGUCAGGCCUGGACUUGAAAGCAGACAAGUUAGGAUUACCUUUUUGGGAUGAAAUAUAUGUCUGAAAUACUUACAGUUCUAACCAUGAACUUCUUUGAAAAUGUUGGUUUCUGUUUGCCGAAGCUCAUUAAACCCAUUUAACACCCAUACUGUUAUUCAAAAAAGGACCACGUCAGCAGAAAACAGAAACUUUAAUACUGCCUUUAAAGCUGCCUUUUGGAAGACACAAAGCUUUCAUGUAACAGCUACAUGAGGUCCUUUGUCUGAAGUGAAUUUUCCUCCAGCUUUUCUGUCCAUGGGAGUCAGAGGUCAUUCACUGUGUUCUGUGGACCCAUCAACAGACCAUGUGGCAGCAGUUUUGGCUGCACCUUUGCUCCAGAGCAGUUGCUCAUGUUUUGAAAUUCUAUACAAAAUAUUGGGUAGCUGUUAGAGGAUAUUACUACCCAGCCAAUGCAUUUUAAUUCCAUCAACUAUUCAGCAACAGAGUUUCUGGCUUCAUCAAUACUUGUCUAAACUGUGAAAAAAAAAUGUCUGACCAUGCAUCUGGUACUCUGUAGCAAUGGAGAAGAGAAUGCAAAGAACUAUUCCUGAAUGAAUAACCAGUGGUUUGAUUGAUUUGUCUUACAGUAUGUUUUGCUUAUUUUAAAGAACAAGAAGUGUUGCAUGUGUUAUUGUUUAUGUUGUGUGUUUCUAUGUGUUUUGUUUGUUUUUUGUUUUUUUUUCAUAUGAGGCUUGUUGACCAAAAGGGCCACGGGUUUAACUGACAAGGAACCAGCUAUAAUUCUCUAUUCACAGUGUAUCCUUAAAGGGGGUGCUGAUCUGUGACCAGUUUGCCUCUUAAGUCACAGUGAAGACAUUGGUACUAUAACCUGACCAAUGAUCCUGGAUCAGAGCCCCUUUGCUCUCAGGAAAAAAGGCGCAACACUGUAGCUUUUGUUGCCUUUUGCAAAGAGAUACACCAUUGUACCUUUUUAGUGUUCUCUCAUAAGCACCAUGAUUGAAUAUUAAUCUGUCAUUACCCUAGAUAUAAUAUUAAUGUGCAGCAUGACUGGGUAGGAUAAAGGAUAUACCUUUUGCAUUUUAUUAAAGUGAUAACAUGGGGGAAUAUGAUCAACCUCAUACGCGAUAAACUUUAUAGUCAGCAUGAAUUAAUGAAAUAUUUCUUAAAAGGGAAACGCAUCUUCCUUUAAUCUCUACUUUAGUAAUAAGUUCAUUUUUGCACUCUUGUAAACUAAAUUGAUUGAGAUUAUUUAAAUACCAUGAUAUAUAUUUAUAAAACUAUAGUACAAACAUGGCAAUUUUUGAAGGAAGCAUUACCUUCGGCAGGAAUAGGUAUUUAAACCUCAUAAAAAUCUGUAUCAGUGAUACAAUAGGCUGUGAUUAAGAAAACCAUGUUGACAGCAAGGUUUGUCAUAAAUGCUGGAAAAGUGUUGCCUGUAUAUUAUGGUUUUAAAAACCCCAGCCCCGAAAUCAUUAGAAGGACUGGUUGCAGAUUGUAAAAUUGUACUUUUCUCUCUGCUGUAGAUUUGACUACAUCAGUAUAUAGAAAUACCAAAUUAAGAGCAACUUGUGUUAAAAACUUGAAAGUUAAGGCAAUGCAAAGAUCAUCACCUGGGCCUUACUAAGGAUUCUUGCUCUCAAAAUGAUGUCAAGAUGGCAAACCUGUAAGCACAUUUUGUUUCAAUCUAUUAGUUUCUGUCGGUGGAUAUGCAGUGCCAGAGGAACUAAAGUCACAGAUCUAAUUCUUUCUUUUUAAUACCUGUAGCUUCUACCCUUUGUUUAUUAUAGAUGCAGUUAUAUGCACCACAUGAAUGUGGGUUACUAUGGGUUAGAAAUAGCCCUCCAAUUAGUUGCCUGUGGUCACAUUUGUAGCAACUCCUGCACAGGUGACUCUCUUUGUCACCUGCAAAAAUGCAUCAAGCAGGUGCCUGCCUUACAGCUUUGCAUAGGUAAUCCAAAAGCACCAUUUGAGCAGCUCUGUUUGACAUUUUUACUUUUUUAAUGUUUUGACUAAGGAAAGACUAUAUGGGGGGUUGUAGGUGGCACAAGCCAAAAACCAUCUAAACCCUAAUGCUGCCAGAUUCAAGCAUUACAUUUCUGGUCAGACUCUAAGAAAAUGCACGAUUUAUUUUCUUUUUCCUGUGAUGUCAUGAAAGACAAAACCUGUGGCACAGUGAUUUAAACGUUUAAAUCCAUACUCUGCUGCACAUAUAAAACCAGAUGAAGACAAGCUAAAACACCACCCACAUGAUGUUUUCUUCUAUUUCUGUAAUGAACUGUUAUUUUAUCAGGCAUGGAUGUUAUCCUAAUGGAAUGCAUAACUAAAGUCUGAGCCUCUGAUUCUUUCUGUACCAUUUCAGUGGAACUCAAUAAAUGACAGUAUGGCACUUG